AUGGUUGAGGGGCUUGUUGGGCCUGAUAGGCUGCUGCAGCAGGUAACAGAUUCUCACUGCAAUAUGUGCUGCCCCGGGGAGCUGGAAGCAUGGCCUCUAACUCCCUCCACUUGUUUAUUAGUCAUUAUAUAUGCCCACCCGCCUUCUGCAGACUCCUUUUGUUCUUAUGUUCAGUUCCUCUUUACUGAUGAACUGUUGUUCCUUUAUGCAUGCUGUAGUGCGUCUCGUUCUCAAGCCACACACAGCCACUCUUAUCCAUCGCCACAUUCCCCCCCAGGCCGUAGCAUCCAUGUCUCCCGGAAUAACAAGCAUUCUGGAGCUGCUGAAGGAGUACGUCAGGCACUAUCGCCCACUGGACGAGGAGGAGGAGGACAAACACCAACAUCCUCAGCAGCACACCCACGCCCAGAGGGUGGCCACCACUGUGAAGGUCUACGCCCUGCUCUUCGCCUUCCCCUCCAGAGUGCUGUUGAAGGAGGAGGAGGCUGGGGGGGCGGGGCAGGGGCAGGGGGAGGGUUUGACUGCUCUGCGUUUGUGAAGGGACUCACCUACCUGUUCGAUCUUCUCCUCAGCUACCGUCGGAAGGCAGUCGUGGCACAGGCCGGGCUGCUGGUGGCGUCACAGCUGCGGGUGGUGGUGGACAAGGGCAACUUUGGCGGUGAUGACAACAACGGUAAUGAACAGCAGAGGGGGCGGUAUGCUAUGAACCACCGCCACUCCGUCCUCAAGGAUCUCAACGAACUCCUUAGCAACCUCAGUGUUGGGGUGCGCACAGGACUCAGGCGACAGUGCUCCACCCUCUUCACACAUCUGCCGGGGCUGCUGAAGGAGGCUGGGGACUAUGACACCCAGGCCAGCAUUGUGGAGCUCAUGUACCGCCUCACCACCUCAACCGAGCGGAGCCACAGCGUCACACAGUGGUUCCCCGAGCUGGAGUGUACCGUGCAAUGCCUCUUCCUCACUAUAUCAGAGUUUGACCCGCACUGCCGGAGCUUCCUGAACGCCUACAAUAGCACGCUGGGGGACAGCCGCCAGGUGUUCACCGUGCCCUACAACGCCAUGCACAUUGGCAAGCUCAAGCUGUGCAAGCCCAAGGUGUGCUGCUGCUGCUAUUACUACAUUUUUUUUUUUCAUGUGGCUUAUAGCGCCGGUAUAGGCUGAUGGUCGGCCCGAGCCCGUCAUGGCGCAAGCAAUUGUUUAUAGUGGCGCCAUUGAUAUUGGCUCCUGCUGUCCCCCGGAGCUCAUUCUUGAUUUCACUUGUGCUGUACAGCUUCUUCUAGAGUCCGGGUUGAUGGGUGGUCUGCAGGACUAUAAUGUCUAAUGCUUCUACAGCAGUGCAGCAAUUUCAACAUGAAACUGUAUAAAGGCCACAUUAUCAGCACUCAGCAGAUCUUUUAUGUCAUGAGAUUAAUAUUGGACACACAAAAUUUCUUGGCCAAGGCUGUUGUUUACAAGCCACGCCAAGUCUCUUCUGUCUUGCGUACAAUUCUCACUGGCUCAGGUGUGCCUGUUAGGAUGUAUGGACAAGACAAAUACUGGUGCUAAGGCCCCGGUCACACUUUGGUGAAGUUCGCCGCAGUCUGUUACAAAGGUGUUUGUAUGAACCCAACAUUUGGCACAAGGAGACAUCCAUCCUUGUCCUCAUUGCCUUUGACCUGCCUCCCU